GGGUGACGGGAGGACAGCUGACCGGGAUAAAUAUCAGCGUUGUGGUGUCGUGUUGAGUUUACGUGAUAUUUAUUUUUCCCUUGUGGAUCCCCCGACGUCGCUGUGCUGGUAUCUCGGUAUGACAUUGUGAGGCAGUUGAAUGGAAUGACAAGACACAUAAAGAAAGAAGAUGAAAGGAGAAUUUGCUGCGCCUCAUCAAAGUCUUCCCGGGAGGAACGCUGUUGCCUCCUAGUCCUCUGUUGGCACUUCCUGGAAAGCGCCCGAGUAGGAGUUCCAGAAGCAAGGGCACGUGAGGAUACUUGGUGCAGCAGGAGCCAGAGGACGCGGCGGCGAUCCCUGGAGUAACAGAAGUAAGAGGAGUUGAGGAUCCUUGGAGCAGCAGAGGGAAGAGAUGCCUGAAUUAUUGGAUCACAGGACAUGGUGAUCCUUGAAGUAACAGAAGUAAGAGGAGAUGCCUGAAGUAUCUAAACAGAGGACGUGGUGAUCCUUGGAGUAACAGAAGUAAGAGCUGAAGAUCCUUGGAGUAGCAAGAGGAAGAAGAGGUCAGGGAACUUUUGGGUUAGUGGAAGGAAUAGAUGAUCCUUGGAAUAGCAACACAGAGGAAGUGGAGAUCUUUGAAGUAGCCGAAGCAAGAAGACAAAAUGGUUCUAUGCAAGGGUAAUGAAGGAUCCCUGGCAGCCAUUCCGGAAUCAACACAGCGGAGGGAAAAGAAGUGAAUGUCUCUUCUGGUGAAUACAGCAUUGCAGUGGUGAACGAAGGAUGACUAGCAGUGUAGCAGUGAAUAAUGAAUGAUUGUAAUGCCUAGUGACGUCAGAGCUCUAGCGGUACAGUGUAUAGUGCUCUUGUAUAAUGAAAUUAUACGAAUACUGAAAAAAAAUAUAUAAGUAAAAAUAAGUGAAACCAGUGAAAAAUCGAGAUCGUCACGAAAAAAAUACAGGAAAACAAUAAAAUAAAAAAAAACUACAAAGAACAAAGAAAGAAAAUAAAAGAAAGAAAAUAAAAGAAAGAGAAAACAAUGAUCGAGGUGAAGGAAAACGUGAUUACAGUACGUACUGACUAACACAGUGAAGUGAACUGGAAGUGAGACAGACAGAAAUAGAAACAGAGGAAGAGAGAGAGAGAGGAAGAGAGAAGAAGAAGAAAAAGGGGAGCACUGAUGACCACUAUCCGGCAAGCACCUGCCUCCCUACCUGCCUCCCUGCUCCGCCAAUCAAGGUUACUCUUACGGCGCCGCCCCGGAGGCCACACCAGCACAAGGAUGCCGUGGAUAUGGCGGCGAGGAAAGGCGAGGCGACGCAAGGCGAGGCGACGCAAGGCGAGGCGACGCAAAUCAGAACGACACACACUUUGCCGCAACAUCCACCUGGAGCACAACAAUGGUUCCGCGAUAUCUGCCUCUGCUAUCAAGAGCACCGGAGCUGAAAUAAUGUGUUAUCCCGGACAGUCACCUGCAGCCGCCGCCACGCCACCGCCAGGCCAUAUGGUAAACUGUUGCACACCGCUGACCUCGUGAGGCAGGAGGGACGCCGCUUCUCCUCUACUGUUCUUCGUACCUAAGUCACCCCACACCUCACAAUGCUUCAACCUCCUCAUUCUUUUUUCCUUGCCAUUCCUUCCCUCUCUCGCUCCCACUUCUUCUCUCCCUUUUAUAUACACAUCUUACCUUCCUUCCAUGCACCUCCUCUCCCUCCCAUCCUGUAUAUUUUCUUCUCUUUCCUCUGUUUUCCUCCUAAUAUAUCGUCUUUUCUUCCUUUUGUCUCACGUCUUGCCUCUUCUUUCCUAUUUUCUAUCCACAUAUUUUCUCUUCUCCCUUCCUUCUUUUCCCUUCAAUAAUAUCCUGCCUCUCUUCACUUGUUUCAUUUCCCAUUUCUUCCCUCUUUCACGAUCCCUUCUCUUUCCUACCUCCUCUUUCCCUUAGCAUUUCUGUGUCCUAUCUUUCCCUGCUUCCCUCCUCCCUUUCCAUCCCUUCCCUCAGUCACCCUCUCCCUUCUCUCCCUUCCAACCUUUAUCCUCCCGUACCCAUACCUUCACCUUCCCUUUCCCUUCCCUCCUCCCCUCCUCCUCUUACCCCGCAGCUUACUGGUGUUUCUCGAUCUACACCUCUACUCUCUCUCCCUGUCUCCCUUCCUCCCUAACUCACAUGUAAAAACACCUGCGCUUUGGGGAUGGAAAAGAGAAAAGGUCAUGUAGGGACAAUAUACGCUCUAGUUUUAUAUUCCAGCAUCUGUAUUGUGUUUCCUGAACUGAAAAAAAAAGGAUAAAUAAAUUGAAUCGUCCGAGGUUUUAAUUGUGAAGAUAAAAAAAUGUGUUACGUGUAUAGAACAAAUUGGUCUUGUCAGUAUAAUGUUGUUAAGGUUUUUGUGUCAUUGAACAUCAGCGCUUAUCUGAAACGGAGACAGUGUUACUAUCUACACAGUCAGCAGCGGUCUGAUAAAUGGACAAUUUUCCCUUGUAAUCAGUGACAGCACCCCCGCACCAAACACUUCCAGCAGGCCCUGAUAAGAUACCACGGCUUGUUGACGAACUGGCUUAUCACCUGCCUUGACACUUCACCCAAUGCUGAUUCAUUGUUCCCAGUGUCACAUUCUCUCUCUCUCUCUCUCUCUCUCUCUCUCUCUCUCUCUCUCUCUCUCUCUCUCUCUCUCUCUCUCUCUCUCUCUCUCUCUCUCUCUCUCUUGUUUUCAUUUACUUUCCUUUUUUUUAUAUUUUUUGUCUUUUCCCUAUAUUUUUCAGCCUAAUGCGUCAGUUAGCCCAAUUACUUUAUUUUUUUUAUUUUAUUAUGAUUUUUUUUUUUAGAUGGUACAGUCGAUCAGUCUCUGAAGGAUCAGUUAUUCUGUUGCCGCUUGUUUCUCUUUUGUGUUCAUUUGUGUGUGUGAAAGUGGUGCAUGACCCCUAUCCUACAGAAGGUAAUGAGGAUAUACACCAGAUACUAGGUAGGUCUUACUGAUGCUUUUCCUCUCACCACCACCACCACUAGCAGCACCAGGCACCAUCAUCACCAGUCAUCAUUACCGUCAUACACCACGAUACCCAUCACCCACGCAUCACUACUGCCACCCUCUUUACCAUUAGCACCCACUCAACACCACCACCACCACCACCACCAUCACCCAUCACUAACACACCAUCUCGCAUCAGCCUGACGUCAUCCGCUUCCUUAGACUCGCCUCCACUUGCACGGCCUCACCCACCGCCACUAAAGGCUCAGAUGGGUUGUCCAGGAGCCCCGGGGAAUUGUAAACACGUCUGGUGAGGAGAGGAGGCCAAAGGUUAGACGAGGAGUGUGUGACGGCUUUCAACACCGCCUUCUGUCCUUCUCCUCUUGGUUAUCAUCGUCUUUUUUUUUUUUAGUCGUUAUCUUUCUUCUUGUUGUUCUUGUUUUUCUUUUCUUUUUUUCCUUCUUGUUCUUUUCAUCCUCGUCUUCUUGAGUGUUAUUCUUUCUUCUUUUUUUUUUCCUCGUCCUCCUCCUCCUCUUCGUCAUUGUCGUCCUCUUCCUCUCUUUGCUGCCUCUCUUUAUUGUUCUCGUUCUCUUCGUCCUAAUCGUCUUCUUAUUUGUGUUGUCUUUGUCCUCGCCCUUGUCAUUCUUUUCUUUCCCCUCGCCAUCGUCAUCGUCUUCCUCCUCCUCCUCCUCCUCCUCCUCCUCCUCCACUAUUACACUCGAGACACUUCCUCCUCACCUUCUCACCUUCUUUUCAUUUCCUCUCCUCCACACCUGACUUCCUCCUUGCAUUGUUUUCAUCCCAUUUAAGCUUAUCUGCCUCCCAAUCUCGUCAUUUAUUAUUCAGCCGCGACUCGGUGUGUGAGCAAAGGAAUUUCUAACGUCCCCCAACACGCUGUAUUUUACUAUUAAAAAAAAGAAUAUUGCAGAAAUUCCUUAAACGAGCCGAACUUUAUUAUUUGUACCCCUAACUCACUAUCAUAAGAACAUAAGAAAUAAGGGAAGCUGCAAGAAGCGACCAGGCUUACACGUGGCAGUCCCUGUAUGAAAUAUACCUAUCUAUUGCCAUCUAUCAUCCCGAUCCAUAAACCCGUCUAAUCUUCUCUUAAAGCUUCCUAAUGUCUUAGCGCUAACAACAUGAUUACCUGUCGACUGAAAGGUAACCAAGGUAACGUUAAUUUCUGAGUCAGGUCUUGUAAUACGGGAAUUCAGAGUAAAUACUAUCUAGUUUUCAUUCAUAGUUGUUUUUACCAAAGUGUUCUGUGUGUGUGUGUGUGUGUGUGUGUGUGUGUUAUGAAAGGUUGACGUACAGGUGGUGUUGUGUUAUUGUGGGAAAAUGUUAUUCAGAUCAGUUCUUUUCUUUCUUUUUUUUCUUUAUGUUGGUUAAUUAGUUUUGACGUCAGGGAGUGGAAAGCCUUUAUCCUAUCUUGCCUGAAUAAUGUGUCGGGCGGCACUCAGGAGGAAAGGAAGGCAGAGGAGGAGGAGGAGAAGGAGGUGCAUAAUGAAUAUAAGUUUUCUUUCUGGGAUAUGAGAGAGAGAGAGAGAGAGAGAGAGAGAGAGAGAGAGAGAGAGAGAGAGAGAGAGAGAGAGAGAGAGAGAGAGAGAGAGAGAGAGAGAGAGAGAGAGAGAGAGACCUUACAUGGAUAAAAUACCCCCUUGCAUUUCAUGAUCAUUAUACUCAUACUAAUGUAUAUCUUAUAACAGUGCCAGAGUGUGUGUAUGUAUGUAUGUAUUGAGGGCACGUCAUCGGCUUCUCUGGUCUCCCUUGUCGUCCUCGUCCGCAGUGACUCAGUUUUGUAUAUUGUUUUGGCUAGCACCCGUCGACGCCGCCACCACUUAAGCUCCUCGCCGGCUCACCGCAACCAUGAAAGGACGAGGGGCGGGAGGCGAGAAGGGAGGGAAAGAAGGGAGGGUCAGGGAGGGCGAGGAAAAGGAGGAGAAGGGUCAGGGAGGCGAGGAAAGGGAUAAAGGCCCCUCUCGUCUUAACGUUUUGAAGGACACACAAACACAUGAGGGUCUCAGUGCAUGUGUCCGCGUCAUCUGAUAAACAAGGUGGUGUUUA